AUGGUUCCUUUUGCAGCUAUCGGCUUUGUUCUGUAUCCUAUAUUUUCAUACUAUGUAAACGGAGAAGUGGUCCCUUUUUUCUUAUAUGAAUUACCAUUUUUCGAUGAGAACUCUAUUACGGGCUAUAUUAUUCUCAUGUUGUUCCAAGGGAACCUUCUCGCGUUGGGUGUCGUAGGUGCUGUAUUGGCGAUAUGCAUAUUCUUCAUAUUUUCGAUGUAUGCAUUGGCCAUAUCAGGAAUCUUUAUCGUACAUAUGCGAGAGCUAAAUAACAUGCUAUACGAUCAGGUUUCGGUAGGAAUAAAAACUGAUGAAAUAAGUCUUAAAUGGAAGCAGUGCAUGCAUGAUCAUGAGCUAUCAACAAGACUUAUAAAUUGCCUGGAUGAUAUGUUUGGGCUUAUGUGUUUGGUGCAAGUGAUGAUGGGAAUCUUUAGUAUUUGCGAUGUAAUGCUACUUGUUGCCUUGACUGAUUGGUAUCCCACGUACUUUUUUCUGUUGACAUUAUUUUCGGAGCUGUCAAUUAAUUUCAUAAUUGGACAUAUCGUUGAGCUUAAAAUAGACGAAAUGUACGAAACAAUUACAUCAACGGCGUGGUACAGGCUUCCGGUGGUGAACCAAAAGGAGUUCCGCUUCAUGCUUUCCAGACAGCAACGGCCUAUGGUUCUGACCGCUUACGGUUUCUACCCGAUGAACUUCGAGGCAUAUAUGAGUGUCUUGCGAGGGUUGUACCAGUUUUUCGUCAUGAUCAUGCAGUAUGUCGGUUGA